CUAAGGCCAGCCCGGGUGCCCUCGACCUCAAGAUUCCUGAAUCCAUAUUUAGUGUGUUUCAUUGUUGUUGCUGUGGUGGUGGUCCUGGCAGUGACUGUGGCUCUGCUUAUCUACUUUUUAGCUUUUGAUCAAAAAUCUUACUUUUACCAUGGCAGUGUUCAAAUCCUAAAUGUCAAAUACAGUGAUCAGUUAAAUUCACCAGCUACACAGGAAUACAAGGCUUUGAGUGGGAGAAUUGAAUCUAUGCUUAGUAAAACAUUCAAAGAAUCAAAUUUAAGCAAUCAGUUCAUCAGAGCUCAUGUGGUCAAAUUCAGGCAAGGUGAUAAUGGUGUGAUAGCAGAUAUUGUCAUGAAAUUUAAAUUCAGUAGAAAUAACAAUGGUGCAUCAAUGAAAAGCAGAAUUGAAUCUGUUUUACACCAAUUACUGAGUAACUCUGGAAACUUGGAAAUAGAUCCUUCAACUGAGUUAAAACCAUGUGGGGCACGUUCGGACCUAAUAACAUUGUCUGAGGAGAGAAUCAUAGGAGGCACAAAGGCUGAGGAAGGAGACUGGCCCUGGCAAGUCAGUCUACACCUGAGAAAUACUCACCAUUGUGGAGGCACCCUGAUCAGUCACACGUGGAUCCUGACAGCAGCUCACUGCUUUAGAAGCAUCUCUGAUCCUCGUCAAUGGACAGUCAUCUUUGGAAUUUCCACAACAUUUCCUAAACAGAGAAUGAAAGUAAAGACUAUUAUAGUUCAUAAUAAUUAUAAAUCUGCAACUCAUGAAAAUGAUAUUGCAGCUGUGCAACUUGAGAGAAGUGUCACCUUCACCAAAAAUAUCCAUACGGUGUGUCUCCCAAUGGCUACCCAGAAUAUUAUACCUGGUUCUACUGCUUAUGUAACAGGAUGGGGAUCUAAAAAAUAUAGUGGCAGCACAGUUACAGAGCUAGAGCAAGCACAGGUCAACAUUAUAAGUAAUGAUGCAUGUAAUGCACCAACUAGUUACCAUGGAGCCAUCUUGCCUGGAAUGCUUUGUGCUGGAGUACCUGAAGGUGGAGUAGAUGCAUGCCGGGGUGACUCUGGUGGCCCACUAGUACAAGAAGAUUCGCGGCGACUUUGGUUCCUUGUGGGGAUAGUAAGCUGGGGGUAUCAGUGUGGUCUUCCAGAUAAUCCAGGAGUAUAUACUCGAGUGACAUCUUACCGAGAUUGGAUAACCCAACAAACUGGAAUCUAG